UGUUAGCAGCAAAGCGAGUCGAUGUGAGCUGUUGUUAGAUUGCGCCGAAUCUCCUUCGUCUUCUUGUCGCUUCCCCUGCUCACAGGUAUCCUCCCCGAUACGUCAAGUUGUGUUUAUUUAUAGUGUUUUUUGGAGGAAAUAUACGCAUGAAUAAUACGCAUGUUUAUCAGUUUCCUGCGGCAACCACAGGGCGAGAUUAUUUUAAGGAGUCCACACAGGUACCAUGAGCGACUACAUCACACCGGUUUGUUUACUAUCGUCUUCUGAGAUGGACUCCAACUUGCCUUCGUCUUGAGGAUUCAUUCAUUCAUAUUUGCUCACAGAGGGAAGACGUCUCCUUUGACAAUUUGGCAUGAUACGUCCUGCUCAAACCGGCCUCGUCCCCUUCAGCCUUCCUCGCGCCACCUUCAGAUCACAAACUUCUCAACAACGGACCGAGCUGUCUUGAGUGCUUGGGGUUUGACAAGCACUCCCCUCCCCUCACGCACCCGUUUGCUGGCAUACUGGGAAUUUGAUGCGGCGGUUUGCCUACUGUAAGGUGGUCUUGUCCACCUCUUUAGUCUGGGUGCUGGUGGACGUCUUCUUGCUGCUCUACUUCAGCGAGUGCAACAAAUGUGACGACAGGAAGGAACGCUCGCUGCUUCCUGCACUACGCGCUGUGAUAUCUCGUAACCGCAAGGGUCCUGGUGAGAUGGGCAAGGCUGUGAACAUACCCAAGGAGGACCAUGAGAAGAUGAAGGAGCUCUUUAAGAUAAACCAGUUCAACCUAAUGGCCAGCGAUAUGAUUGCGCUCAACAGGAGUUUACCGGAUGUCAGGUUGGAUGGCUGUAAGACCAAGGUAUACCCUGACAACUUGCCCAACACAAGCAUAGUCAUCGUGUUCCACAACGAGGCAUGGAGCACGCUACUGCGGACAGUCCACAGUGUCAUCACGCACUCUUCUAGGCACUUACUUGUGGAAAUUGUCCUAGUGGAUGACUUCAGCGACAGAGACUAUUUAGGUAAAAAGUUGGAGGACUAUGUGCAGAAUCUGGAGGUGCCAGUAAAGAUCCUGAGGAUGGAGCAGCGUUCAGGUCUUAUCCGAGCCAGAUUGAGGGGGGCAGCUGCCACGAGAGGUCAGGUCAUUACAUUCUUGGACGCCCACUGUGAGUGUACUGUCGGGUGGUUGGAACCCCUGCUGGCCCGCGUCAAAGAGGACAGGACAGCAGUAGUGUGUCCCAUCAUUGAUGUCAUCAGUGACGAGACCUUUGAAUACAUGGCCGGCUCAGAUAUGACCUAUGGGGGAUUUAACUGGAAGCUGAAUUUUCGCUGGUACCCUGUUCCCCAGCGGGAGAUGGAUCGACGCAAGGGUGACAGAACACUUCCUGUCAGGACCCCCACCAUGGCAGGAGGGCUGUUCUCUAUAGACAAAACAUACUUUGAAGAAAUGGGAAGCUACGAUCCAGGGAUGGAUAUCUGGGGUGGGGAGAACCUGGAGAUGUCUUUCAGAAUCUGGCAGUGUGGCGGCUCCUUGGAGAUUGUCACAUGUUCCCACGUUGGCCAUGUUUUCCGGAAGGCUACUCCUUACAGUUUCCCUGGUGGAACCGGCCAAGUUAUAAACAAGAACAACAGGCGGCUAGCAGAAGUUUGGAUGGAUGACUUCAAAGAUUUUUUUUAUGUCAUAUCACCAGGAGUGAUGCGAGUGAACUAUGGCGACGUCUCUUCCCGAAAAGCCCUCCGUGAAGCCUUGAAGUGCAAACCAUUCUCCUGGUAUCUGGAGAACAUCUACCCAGACUCGCAGAUCCCGAGAAGAUAUUACUCGCUCGGUGAAAUCAGGAACGUUGAGACCAACCAGUGUUUAGACAACAUGGGACGAAAGGAGAAUGACAAAGUCGGCUUUUUCAACUGCCACGGCAUAGGUGGAAACCAGGUGUUCUCAUACACGGCGGACAAAGAAAUCCGGACAGAUGACCUCUGUUUAGACGUUUCCCACCUCAAUGGGCCUGUCCUCAUGCUCAAGUGUCACCACAUGAAGGGCAAUCAGAUGUUUGAGUACGACGCUGAGAGGCUUACUUUGCUGCACGUGAACACCAACCAGUGUUUGGACAUGGCUUUGGAAGAGGACAAGAUGGUCCCCACCAAGAGGGGCUGCAACGGGAGCCGCUCCCAGCAGUGGCUGCUGCGCAACAUGACCCUAAGUGUCUGAUCCCCUGAUCCUGGUUCUUCAUCAGGUGGCUCCAAUCACCACAUCACCUACACCAUCAUACAAAGGGAACCUUGUAGCACCUGGAUAUUGUUCACUUUUACACUUGGAAGCGUGUCCCUUUACAGCUCAUUUCAGGUUCAAGAGAAGAUGCCCUUCAGGCUACAUAAUGAGCUGCAGCACUGGCAAUUAAAUCUUGUUCCUCACACUGUGCUGGCCAGCUGCGAGCUGUACAACACCGUGCUACAAAGACCACCCUCUUUAGCUGCCGGACAAGCGACAAAGCAAAGGUGCAUCUAUGAGGCAAUAAGUCUACUGGUGUUCUGGUACCAUCCUCCCUUUCAUAUACUGGAAGUGAUUUACAGUUACAGUAAGUGAUACUGUUAAUAGUACAGGGAUCUUAUUGAUAUUGAAGGCAGAUGCCAAUGUCAAUAUUUGACUAAGAAAUCUGCUAAUGAGAUAUCAGCUGAAAAAUGUUUAUUUAAUAAUUUUUUUUUCAUAUAAAGAUACAGUGAAUCCCUGCAUAUUUGCGAGUCAGCAUUUGCGACCGGGCAAAUUCGCAGAUUCUUCGAAUGCGAUCAACAUCAACAGUCCUGGAACUUUCCUGUCGCAUCUCAUAUAUAGGGCUAAAACCUGAAUUGUGCUUCUAUGCAUUUAGCUUGUCAGCUUGCCUCGUAGCAAGCGAACAAUCGCAAUUGAAGAAAGACGAGGAGGGUUCUGAUGCCAAAUCUAAUCUAAUAAUCAUAACCGUCACUUUUAUUGCAAAUGUUGAUCCGAAAUUGGAGGAGAACAUCAACGUCAAACUAGCAGGAGGGUUCUGGAUGGGGGAGAGCAAGCUGACAUGCAGCAGCAUCAUCCAGGCUUUAUUAGUGUCAAAAAUAGACAUUUUUAUGGGCAUCUCAAUGACUUGAUUAUUUGCUAUUUGCGGAUGGUCUUUGAAUGUAUCCCCCGUGAAUAGCGGGGAUCUACUGUAAACUGUACACAUAUUUUAGGCUUUGGUUUUAAAGUCUGCCCUGUGAAUUGGCUGGCGACCAGUCCAGAGUGUACCCUGCCCCAAGGUCAGCUGGGAUAGGCUCCAGCAUACUACCUUGACCCUAGUGAGGACAAACGGCAUAGAAAAUGGAUGGAUGGUUUUAAAGUCACUGGGUGAGGAUUUCCUUUUGCAACCGAUGACUGACAUUUAAAGCUAGUUGUUGCUAGGAGAUUCACUGUAAACCCUUUUGGAACAUAUCGUGGAGCUGAGUCUUACAAGCUCCCCCGAAGACCAGACUUUAAUUAAAAAGUCAACAUUCUGUCAGCUACCCACAACCUUGAACAUUUGCAACAGCAAAGUAGCUGCCUGCCAAUGGACUACCUGUCUGCUUUUAAUUAUUUUGAGGGCCCCCCGCCCACACAAAUGUAAUAAUUACACCUACAGCUUCAAUCAUGGAGAUGAAAAAAAUCUUGAAAAGCAUGUCAGCCUGAUAACUGACAUGAAUACGGAUGCAUACUUCUGGUGUGGUGUACAGGAUAAUCAAUCUUUUUGCAUACAAUAUACAUUGGCGACGUGCUGAGAAAGAGAAACAGGCACGCCCCACACAACCCAGUUUGUGAAGCACAACUCGCUGCUGCCUCACCUCUAGUUUCUGCCCGGUAUUUGACUGCAAAUGCGACAAUUCUGCGAUUUAUACUUAAGAAAAUGUUAGAAAUUACUUGAACCAUACAGGAAACAUAGUUAUAACGCAUAUCAGUGGGCAAAUAAUAUUCAUUUUAUGUUAUCCUUAGUUAUUUGUUUUUUUCCCUAACCGCACGUCACUGAUACUAUAGAGAUGGUCCUUGGACGUGCGAGUUUUGUACGUAACGCUUAAGACCAAAAGUGCGGCCGUUAUAAGUGGGUGUUUAUCCUGUCUCGGGAGCUUUUUAUGAUGUUCAUUUCCACUUUCAUGGUGAUGGCUUUUCUUUUCCUUGACGCACUUCCAACAGAAGAGCCUGCCUUACGUUCAGGAGACAUAAUAAAGUGCAAGAAGUUAAGCAGCAUGCGAUAUUAUCCACUCCGUAUAGCUUCGACUGAGGCACACAAUGUGUUGAUCUGCAGUGCGUGAGAUGAGGCAUACAGCGCAUCCUUGCAGCGUGCAGCUGGUAGUCAUCUGCAGCACGUGCUAUAACUACUUCUCGAGUGAGUUUAGUCUGUACUGACCAAAAUGAAGUUUAAUUAAUUUCAUAACCACGAACCGGAUCCCCGUAACUCGAGGACCACCUGUAUAAAAUGUAACGUUCAGCCCGAUUUUAAGACAAUUGACCAUAUUUCCUCAGAUAGUGGCUUCAUCUCAUACAAAUGCUGUAUAUCAAUUAAUUGCCGGCAUUAGAAGCAUGUGGAAACUCAUGACUUCAGUUCACAGGCUAUUGUUCACACAUGGACAUAAGCAAGUUGACUGCUGAGCCGAUGUAAACUCUUUUGCUGACCAAAACAGCAGCUCUGAUGAGGGAGAAGUCUUGUUGUUUUCUGCAAAGUUUUAAGAUGGAGAGAAAGCGCUUUUCCAGUUGUCUGCAUGCAUUUUUAUGUUUUGAGGAGCUAUGCACCUUCAGCUUAGUUGAGCCCAUUCAGCCUCUGCCUAGGUUCUCCUCAUGCAGCUGUCCCUCGCUACAUCGCAGCUUUUCAAAAAUUAAUCCAUAAAUGAUGGCUGUUUCGUGGUUAACUCCGGCCUAUUAUUAAUCAUAUAUUUAGACAUUUGUAGUAUUGUGGUCACUAGGCAUCAGUAAUGUUACAUUGAAGAGACAUUACCUUAGAUUACAUUACCUUAACACUGCAUGGAUUUAGCCUUUGGCAUGUCUGACAUGACAGAGUGAAAAAAAGUUAUCCUCCCAUUCCGUGUGGAAGUAGUUUUUAGCUUCUUACGUUGUCCUUCUUCCCCACUUGGUUUGAAACAUUUUCUUAAGAUUACAACAAAUAAAUUGGAGGGUAACGAGUUAGCUCGGUAUAUAUACAUAUAUACAGUAUAUAUGUGCUAUGAGCGGCGGCCGUCUCUUAUGUCUCUGCAGUGAUCCCUUAGCCUGUGCAUUAUUGUUGCACAAUGUGGUGCAAACAAGGAAUAAUAGCAGUGUAAAGGUGACUAUAGGGGUGUUAUUUCAUGUCUACAGGGCUCUAAUAAUGGUAAAACUCAUAAACAGGUUUUCUAUGCUCUAACUACGGAAAUAUUCAGUUUACUAAUACCGAAUCCUACUUCAUGGAAAUUCACAUAUCACAAUCUGGUCUGGAGGGACGACUGUAUAUCAUGAUUGUCUUUACAAUAGUUCUUCUGUUUGUAUUAAACUACAGUUUUACUUACAAAUAUUGUGAUACAUAUUUUAUGUAUCAUUUAUUUGUGAAAGAAAAUUUAAAGAAAUAUAUUUAAUGAGAUUCUAAAAACGUGUUUGCACAAAUAAAGGCCUUACCUCUAAUGAAUGCCUGGUUCCCCUGGCCACUAUAUGUGGAAAUAUGGUUGGUCUGUGUUGGUCACAAGCGUUGAGAUGACAAUACCCGACUGUAACGACUCGCCAUCACCUCUUGUGGACAAAAGGUCACAUUACAGCAGAAAAUUUCAGUGUUUACUCAUCCGGGUGAAAAAUCACCCGUUAUAAAUGACACACUUUAAUGAAACAAAGUACAGCUCUAAUAGAAAUAUGUGAUUAUUAUCAUUUAAUGAUUUUCUACAUAACUUGUAAUUGUUUUAGCUAAGACUUUCACACAUUUUGGGAAAUCAGGCCCUGAAUAGUAGCUGUGAAUAGCUGUGCCUUCUAUCAUAUUUUGUUUUUAGAUAAGUUUGUUGUUGAAAAAGUAACGAUAAGAGAAUCCAUAUCACAAAAUAGUGAGCUAUUAUCAAUGCUGCUUAAAGAUGGAGUCCCUGCAAAGUGCCUGCUUGGCAUUCAGACCAUUUCAGUCACUGUUUGUUGUCAAACCACUCACCAUUUUAUUGUUUGUUUUUUUAUGCGCUUAUAAGCAUGGUGUAAUAAUUGGAAUGUAACGUUUGAGUGUUCUGGUCUCAAUGCGAUGCUGCCUGUUUGUACAGUCUGCCUUUUUAGAGAAAAAUAAAGCUUUCUUUAAGAACAAAGUGACAAAUAUUUGUGAAGAUUGUCGCUGGUUACGUAAUAUUUAAUAUAUAACCAUUUUUUAUUUGUUUUUUUUUUUACAUUCAAAGACGCAAAGUUUGACCUUUCACCAGUCUCUUUGUUAAAAUCUUAAAGUGUCAAAUAUGAGGGCAGAAGGUCAAAACAAACAGUGGCGAUGACAGGUAACAACCUCUUCAACUUUUUGCUUCACAGACACAAAAGGGAAAAUAUAUUUACCCUAUAUCAAACUUAUUUCGGUGUUGAAUAUUUACAGGUUUUAAAAAUGUGGGGUCAUUUUCAUAUCCAGGCCAAUAUAGUAGUUGUUGGAUACGACAUUACUUUCGACACAACAGUGGUGUGAAAAUUAAGGAAGAGGAGUUUUUCAUGACUUAAAAUACGACAGCGUAAAGCAUGCUGCUGCAAAGUAGCAAUGCUGUGGAGGUAUUAAUAGAUGUUGCAGAGCUGACAGCAUAUCAUCAGUGCCUCACCGCACUCUCUGCAGGAUCUCUGCUGGGAC